UUUACAAUCUGUGCGUGCGUCGCUUCGCGCUCCAUCGCUCACGUCCGCGAGUGUCAUAAAAGAAAAUAUUAAAAAACCAAACAUUUAUUGUGUGAAAUAGAUAAUAAUUGUUAACUAUAGUGGUUUUUGUUGAGUUAACCAUUGAAUGGAAUUACGCCUUCGCUUCGGAGACGCUGUUACUGUAAUAAAAAGAAAUCGCGUACCGUGACCCAUGGAUCUAAGCUAAGCCUAACUAGUAUAAGCAUAAUGUCUCAUCACCUGGUCACCGUCUGCAUGUUCUGCCUGCUCUGCGCGGCGCACACAUGCGGGGCCCACGUCGAAACUAAAGACGUACAGUACGUACACACAUACGAACCGAAAAUAGACUACAACAUACCCUUAGACUUGACAGAGAAACGAAAGCUAGACCACUUAGAGCGAUACAAUCAUAAGCUGCAGAAAAUAAGACAGCUACGCCCGAGAAGACACCUCGACGAUGUCUCGGACACGUAUAUUGGAGAGAUUUUGAAAGAGUACGGGACGGGGGAGACGAUGAAUUUGACGGGAUUCAAUAAUAUGCUGAAUGUCUUGGAGUUGUCCAAGUUGGUGCAGGGAAGAGUUGAGACGAAAGAAGGUCCAAAUCAACGUAAUUCUGUUUAUUGCUUAAACAGCUCCGAUCUCAUCACAGCCGUCAAUAAGGGCCUAUAUACAGACGACCACGACCAUAACGACCACCAACAUACAGACCCCACCCACGACCACGACGUGCUAAUAACAGAGGACACCCUCCGGGCCGUCUGUCCGGUCCUCCUCUACCAGAAACUCGGGAAACCAGACGAACAACGAGACUGCGUCAUACAUAAUAAAGUCACAAACACACAAACAAACCUAAAAAGUCUCGAAAGCGGAGUGACGAAGACGGACAAAAAAGAUGACACCGAUAAAAACAUGUUCGCCGUGUGGCUAUACUCCUUCCUUAGUAUAACAGCCAUCAGCGCAUGUGGUCUUUUAGGAGUAGCAGUGAUCCCUAUAAUGCAUAAAACGUACUACAACCAUCUCCUCCAGUUCCUAGUGGCGUUGGCCGUGGGAACUCUCUGCGGUGAUGCGCUGUUACACCUAAUGCCUCAUGCGAUGAGUCCGCACGAACACGAUCAUAGCCACGAUACCUCAUUGGAAUCUUCAAAAGCAUCACAUAACGACGGUAUGUGGAAAGGCCUCGCCGCCAUGUUGGGUGUCGUCUUCUUCUAUUUCACUGAGAAGGGACUGACUGUUGUCGUUGAAUGGAGGAAAAGGCGUCAAAAGCUCGAAGAGGACAAACUUCCUUCAAGAGUCCGAGUAUUGAAAGACGAAACAGUCGGAGGCUGCUCAGGCGGCUCGAAAGCCCCAAUCACUAAUUCCACUACAAAUUCAUUCAUGAAAAUCUUCAAGAAAGAUGAAAAGAAUGACCCUACAACUAAAACUUGUAAGCACAAGUAUUCAGAAUACCCGUACUGUUACGACGAAAUCGACACAGAUACACAUGACGAUCACCAUUUGCGGGAUGGUCAGAUUCCGCCAAGCCCUAAUGCUAAGCAGAAUAACUCUGUAAGUGUGGUGUCAUCGAAUGCGUUGAAUGCUGGGGGUAAAGAGGAGCCGACGGCGAAGGAUUGGCUGCUGAAGGCGGAGCCGGCGUCGGUGGUGGAGAUGAACAAUAUUAAACAUAAGGAGGAUGGUGCUAAGGAUCUCAAGGAUGGUGACAGCUAUACUGUUAUAUUGAGGGAACAUUCCCGGGCGCACCACGGGCACUCCCACGCCCAUGGUCACGUCCACGCCCCUCCAUCCAGCAUGUCUUCAGUGGCCUGGAUGGUGAUCAUGGGGGACGGGCUGCACAACUUCACCGACGGCAUGGCUAUAGGUGCUGCUUUCGCUUCUAACAUCGCUGGUGGCUUCUCUACGGCUAUUGCCGUCUUGUGCCACGAAUUGCCGCAUGAAUUAGGCGACUUCGCGGUGCUCCUAAAAGCGGGCAUGUCAGUAAAGCGCGCCGUGUGCUACAACGUGCUGUCUUCAGCAUUGUGCCUCGGCGGCAUGAUCUGCGGCGUGCUAGCCGGGCACGCGCCGAACGCCACCCGCUGGCUGUUCGCGGUGGCAGCUGGCAUGUUCCUUUACAUAGCCCUUGUUGAUAUGAUGCCCGAGCUCAGCACAUCUCACAGCAAGGAAGGCACACUCUGCCAAUGCCUGCUCCAACUCAUGGGCCUCGCUACUGGCAUUGGCAUUAUGCUCGUCAUCGCCCUAUACGAAGAAGACUUAAAGACGUUGUUCGGCUAAACAGUGCUAUAAGUGUUGCAAGUUCGGUCAUGUGAAUCCAGUGAACAGUUCUUAGUGAGUUAGAUAUAAGGUUUGGUUUCGCAUGUUCUACUUCUGCUGUUUUUGGACAGUGGUCAGACUUCAAACAUAUCCGUGGGUAAGCACUAGCAGCUAACUUAAUAUCCUAUAAGGGUAGUUAAAUUCCUAAAUCAGAACUCUAGAUGGCAGUUCCAUAUACAUAAUUCUUUUCUGCUAAAUCUUGUUUUUAUAUUCCAGAUGACAGUAUAGAUAUUUGAUUUUCAAUUUGUCAUACUGAUCUGACAUUUUAGUACAAAAAAACCAUGAGCGGAUAAUAAUUUGAAAAUUUAUAGUAAGUAUCUAGAAUAUAAAAACAGAUUUUAGAUAUAAUUAUCUUGUCAACCUAGCAAUAAAUGGCAAUUGUUGCCUAACUUUGGUCGCAUUUGAAUAAAAACAGUUUCUAGUUAAUUUCGAUGGACUGACUUACAUAGGCCUAUUCCAAAAAGACGCCACAAACCCGUACGUAUUUCUAAAGGUGUUAAUAAAGUGCUACUAAUAUUAAGUAAAACUUUAUAAAAAAAAAACAGACUGUAUUAAUUCAUCAUGUAUAACGACGCCUCGGCCUGCUCGGCCUGCAAUGAUACUUGCACAGCAUUGCCAACUCAUGAUUGUGUACUCGUACUUACCUAGUGCAUUUUGUCUGUGACUUAAAUAUCAAUACCAGUAACAUCUUUUAAAGAGGAUAUCUUAAAUAUUUAUUGAUUCCCUUGUAAAUUCAUAAUAUUCAUAGAUUUAUGAACAAAAUAAAGUUUUCAAUGUUAAAUGCAAAAAUCAUACAAAAAUGGCAAUACAAUUUAAGUAUCAGUUCGAUUUUCUGUGAAAAGAUGAUCUUUAAAGUCUUGAUCGCUGCAUUUAACAUAAUGUUAAAAAAAAUAUCAGUGACUAAGUAUCAUGUUAAAAAACCUUAAAAAAAACAUACACAGAACCACAGAAGUGACCAUAGGAAAAGUAUUCCUAAACUCUUGGUACUUAAGCUUUUCAAAUGAAAUGUAGUAUUAGCUUAAUGUAUGUACAUGAAUGAUCUUCUAUUCUUAUCCAAAUAUGUACUUAAAACCCUCGCAAAUCUAAAAUAGACAAACUUAAGUUGUAAUGUAUAUAAAUUAUGCUCAUACUACAUUUCGACAAAUAAAUUAUUCUAAUCAAUUAUGAGAUAAAAUUGCUAUUUACUUAGUUGUCUUAAUGAAAACAACGCUCAACUCGAAUACUUAAAAUAACAGUAUGAAAAUAAUAUUACUUCUGUAAUUUAUUUACGAGUAUAAUUCUUCUAUGGAGAGGAAUAUUGUCAUUUGUCAUUAAAUUAUUCUUUUUGGUUUGAACUAUUAGUUGUGAAAUUAUUGUCAAUCUAGCUUACUAUAUCAUCGAAUGUGUUUAGUAUGAAACAUUGUACAUAAUUAAUAAAUUGAAAGUGAAACUUUUAAUACUACUUAAAACAGACACAUAUCUGUGAAAUACGUUGAAACAUGGCGCCAUUUUUAACCCUUUAGCUGCUUCUGACUUGACAAUGUGCAAAACUGAUGAAAUACGGCACACGAAAAAAAAUACUAUUGAGGUGAUGGAAAAGGGUUUAAUUCAUUACAAUAAGUCUACGCGAGUAAUUUUAUAACUUGUGUAGUAAUUUAAAAGUUCAACGUAUUAAAUAGUAUAAUGUGUCAAUACGCUUCAUACAAAAGAGUAAAAUAGGUAGGUUUUUUAUCUCGAAUUUGUCUAUGUAAUAUUGAAUGAAGAUGAGGUUUGAUAGGACCAACCCGUAUUGACAGUGUCAUCAGUAUCGUAAUUAUAACAGAUGUUAGAUACAAGUAUGUCAAAUUAUUUUUUUUCUUUAACCUAUAGUUUCCAAAAGUGCUGACAAAGAUCACUGAGCUUUUGUGAAAAUAUUAUGCUUGUGUUGUUAUUUUUAAGCCUUUGUUUCUAAAGCUAAGAAAAUGUUCCUAUAUCUACAUAAAGUAACUGUCAAACACAUUGAAAAGUAACAAUAAUAUGUGAUCUUUAACAUGUUUCGCAUUUUCUGUUGGUUUUUCUUCGGCUUGUAUACGCAUGUUGUUGUCGUAUUACUGUGACUUUCAUUCAAAGUUUGCAAGCAUCCAAACGUGAUAGAGUUAGACCAAGAAAAGUCUGCAACGAUUUUGAUAGCACACACUGUGCAAGUGUUAUUUUAAACGUCAAACUCCUAUGAAAUUGUCUUAUGAAUAACACUUGCACUGCGUGUGCUAUCAAAAUCGUUGCAGACUUUUCUUGGUCCAACUCAGUUUUUUUUUUCAUAUGUUACCUCAAAAUAUGCUGGUUGCUUUUACUUUGAUGACUAUUAUGGUCAUAAUAUACGUCAUAAGCAUUAAACUGGUUAGAUCCCACUGUCUUCCCUUAGGGAUUUUUAUAAUGUCAAUAUGGUACUUAAUGAUUACUUGUUUCGGUAAGUUUUAACUUAAAUACGUGAAUAGAGAUAAAUAUGACGUUACUGCUUUUUUUUUAAUUACCAGUAUUGUUAAUUGAGUAAUUUUAAAAUUGAAACUCCAGAAUAAGUUGAUUUACAUAUAAGUAUGAACGUUUAAACAUGUUGUGCUGGUCGUUGUAGAUACAAAAUCUGUGAAAUUUAACUGGUUCCUACAAAAAAAGGAAAUUCCAAUUUCUCAAAAAAAAAAGCAUUUUACUUCGAAUUUUAUUGUAAUUUUAACUUUUAAUUUAAAUAAGCGAAUAGUUAUUUAAUGUUUAAUUUUAAGUGAUUUAAGUUUGCAAUCAUGUUGUGUGUCGAUGGUGCUGAGACCGUCAGUAUUAUUGUCAAUAUUUAUUGUAAAAUAGUUAAAUCUGGUUCCUAUGUCACUUGCAAUGUAAUUUUUAUAAUGUAAAUAAUGUGCUUUUGACGUGACCUACCUUUCUUGACAUGACACUGUAUUGGACAAAUACUGUAGUGCCAAAACUGUCAAUUUGGAUGUCAUUAUUUUAUAUUCCAGUGUAAAGGUGGCCACUGACGAGCCUUCCAACAGUCCAAAUAGCGUGGCUGCAAUCCAAAAUCGGUCCGUGAAUGUCAAAAACGUACAAUGUUUAAUAUUAGGAUGCCGUCCAUUUGGAUGAAUCCAUUGUAACGGCAUCUAUUUGGAAGGCUCGUAAGUGGCCUGCUUAAAGGGUGGGUAACGUUGAAAUAUUGUCAAUAAUAUUGAUGUACUGUCAGUAAGGUUCGCCCGAGCGAUGUGUGAUAUCUGAGGACUUGACGAUAGUUAUAUUGUAUUAUAAUAUGGUUAUUCGUA